UCCCUGGAGCAAGAAAGGCACCCUCCAGCAGCCAAAAGGAAGCCCGAGAUGGGGGGGGGCAGGUGUUCAAAAUGCACAAGCUGGCAACCCAAAGCUGCCUCUGUCCCCUCCUAAACCAGCAGGCAUCGCCGUUCUGGGCCUCAGCUGGACGCUGCCAUGUCCGAGAGCACGGGCCUCAGCCUGCCCAGCCACGGGGCUGAGAGGAAGGCUCAAGGCAGCCCUCCCCCCGCCACCAACUCAUCUGCCCGUUCCAGUGGCCAAGGGGAAGAUUCCUCUCGGGAUCCUUUCCGGAUCCUCGUAUUUGACCAGGAGAACUUCCAGGGCCAGCAGACGGAGUUCACUGGCGAGUGCCCGAACCUGGAGGACUCCGGCUUCGGCCGCGUGCGCAGCAUCAUCGUGGUCUCUGGACCCUGGGUGGCCUUUGAACAGUCCAACCUGCGUGGUGAGAUGUUUGUCUUGGAGAAGGGCGAGUUUCCACGCUGGGACACGUGGUCCAGCAGCUGCCACAGUAACUAUGUGCGCUCCAUGCGGCCUGUGAAAAUGGAGUCCCAGGGACAGAACAUUCUCCUCUUCGAGAAGGCCAAUUUCAAGGGCAACAAAAUGGAAAUCCAGGACAGCGACGUGCCGAGUCUUUGGGUGCAGGGCUUCUGCGGCCACGUGGGGAGUGUGAAGGUGCCCAGUGGAACCUGGGUGGGCUACCAGUACCCUGGCUACCGGGGCUACCAGUAUCUCUUUGAGCCCGGAGACUUUGAGCACUGGAACAAGUGGCGGGCCUUCCAGCCCCAGAUGCAGGCCAUCCGACGCGUCCGGGACAUGCGCUGGGGAGCUAAAGGCUGCUUCCUCCCUCCUGAGAGCCCCCUCAGCUGA